AAAAUGUAUCAAAAACAAUAUAAACAAUAACAACUUAAAUAAUAGUUAUUUUUUAAUUUUGUUGUUGUAUAUUAAUUGAAAAAUGUUUGAAGGUACAUCGUUGACCUGAAGAUUGUCUUCAUUAAAAUAUUAUUUUAAUAAAAUAACUGCAUUAAUUGCAGUGUAAUUGAAAAAUUAUACUAACAAAAUAGUGUUAUUUCAUUCAAAGUUACACUUCUGCUGAAGUAAAUUUCUAUAAACGGGAAAAAAUACUCUCAUACUUAUUUUACUACAAGAUUAGUAAUUCGUCUCGUAGCAAAAAUCAGUUGACUUAAUGUCAGGGCAGAUUGAAGCUGUUCUAGCAACAUAUGGAAGCUCAGCAUCUUACCAGCAGACCUUCUGUUAAUUUUUCCUGUUACAGGCCACCCCAAUGUCCAAAAAACAUUAUUAUUAAUGAAUGAGGGUUAACAGUUGAGAUUAGUUAACCCCAUGAAUUUCACAUUUACAGUAGUGUUGCAAAUAAGUGCACUUUAACAUGAAUAAUUAAUUAUAAUGUUCUCAAAGUUUAUACCCUUUAACAAAAUCUGUUGUAUUAACACCUUGUUCUCCAUAAAAUAAUUAUAUGUUUACAACCAUUACAAAGUAUUGCAAAAAUAUCCUUGAGUUCCUGAUGAACUCCUGGAAACAAAAACAUGUUUAAUUACCCCUCUGUGGACGAGCGCAGGGCUUUACAAACAUCUGAAUUAUUUAUGAGUUAUAAUGAUCUGUCUCUGAAGAUCGUGACUGAUUUUUUUUCUGGAUACAUUGAAGGCCUCUAUUUUUAUGGCAUGAAAAUUUAAUUUAAACAUAUUUUACAAAGCCUAAAAGAUGUUGAAGUUGAAGUAGGGAAAUAAAUGGUAAAAGAAUUAGAUUAUUUUUUAUUAAUGUGAAGAUGUUUUUAUUCCCUUUUUUCUAUUCUUAACUUUAUUGACCACUGUGCCACUCCUAAUACAGUACAUACUAAAUACAAAUCUUUGUGUUUGUGUGAACAACAGCAGAUCUUUUCAAAAAUAUGAGUCAACCAACCACUGUUCAAGAAAAAGUAGGAGCUGUCCAGUGCUGAAACUCCAGCUCUAGUAUAUAUUACUGGCUAUAGUCCUGUUCCACACUUUUUCCCCCAAAACAUUUGAACCGUCCCACUUGGUUUCCGUUGCGCUAUUGGUCCAAUAUGAUAAACAGUGAAAACCAAAAACUAGAAAAAAAAAUUCUAUUUUUUUUCAUGCAUCACCUUUAAAGUGUUUUUUUUCUUUCAUUCAUUUAAACAAUUCGCAAAAUGUGUGAAUGAGUAAUCUUGAUUUACUGACAGCCUUUAGAUGAGUUGUCAUUAUUUUGAUCAAUACAUUUAAUAAAUGCUCAGCUUUUUUAUUUCUGAGUCAAGCCAUAAUUUUUGUUUUUGGCUAAUUGUUGACUAAUCUUUUUACUUAUAUUGUCUUAUACUGACAAUGAGAAUACAGAAAAACUAUUUUAAAUUGUUUGAUUUUUUUUCUAACUGUGUGUGAUGGCAGUAAGUAAAAUAAGUAUUGACUCAUUAAGAAACUUUUUUGUUUUGUUUUUCGAGGAGAAACACCCUUGGCUGUGUGCUUAAAUAUAACAUCUUGCUCUUAAUUAGUUACCAUACUGGCACAUGCCCCCAAAGUGCCCCUUUGUUUUAUGCCCCACAUUUGUAUAGUUUGUACCCAAUGUCACACCAACAGACCCAUCUGAGGAAGGAGGUUCUCAUCUAAGAUUUUACAGACCAUUAGCCCUUCACUGUGUCAAAGCCAACCCCUCAUUUAAGCAGAAAAAUCCUCUCACAGAACAGGGUUUCCAUCGCAGGGCUUGUCAGCAGAAACAAUUCUCUUACAAUUUUCCUCUUUUAAACUCAUGUUGAGUUUAUGUCAAAGAACUCAAAUUUUUAUUUUACUUGGACACAUUUUCUGACCAAAGAAUUUAUCAAAAAAAUCCUCAACAGAAUAAUAAUCCAUCCAUCGAACUUGCUGAAUUGCCUUGUAAGGUCAGGGGGUUGCUGGAGCCAACCCAGCUACUGUACAUCAGGGUAUAUCCUGGCUUGCCAGCAUGCUGCAGGUUCACAUGCACACCUAGGGGCAAAAUAGACCUACAAAGCAUGUUUUUGGACUGUGGGAGGAAGCCAGAAUGCCCAAAGAAAACCUACGCUCACAUGGGGAGCACAUGCACACUCCACACAGGAAGGUCCUAACUGGGACUUGAACCAGAGCCAUCUCGCCAUGAGGCAAGAAUGUUAACAACUACACCAUCAUGCAACCCAUUAGAAAAUAAAAAACAUUAAAAACAAAUAAUAAUGAUGACAUCUGAAGUAUUUUUAGUGUAUUUCUUAAAUUGGUGGGUUUAAUCUAUGUACAAUUUAUUUUAUUUGGUUUAUUCAGGUUUUCUAAGAGCAACAUGACUGAUUCAACUGUCCAAGAAUGGAUUUGUAAGAAAGUAGUACAAAUGUAUGAGUCUGCAAGUAUGUAACUGUACUAAGGGCUGUAAGAAGCUGGUUAAUGCAUUCAUAUAAAUUGAACAUAGUGUAAGUGGCAGGGUAGUAGUAAUGAGCCCAUUCUUAGUAUAAAAUGUGAAACAUGAUUAAUUCCGAUGCAGAAAUCGGAAUUACAACUUCAGUUUUUUAAUAGAACUUCUGUAUGACAGUAGUCAGAUUUUUGUCAAACAGUAAUUUUAGGUGUUUUGUAUAAAGACUAAUGCUUGACAGCUGUGCCUUGGACUGAAGAGAACAUAGAAAGGGUUGCUGGUUCCUUUCUUCUCAAAGAAAACAACCUAUCCCUGGUCUUUUCAACCUUAAACACCUAUUUGAGCUGGAAACGUUGAUUCUCGAUAACAUCAAAUAACAUCCCUGAAACAUGUUAAGACUUCAGAAAUAUUAUUAACAUAGCAAUAAAUUAUUGUAACAUCUGAAUAAAGAUGAACAGUAAAAAUGAGCCUUGUGGAACUUCAAUACUGAUGUGAACAAAGUGAAGGAGAGACCAUUGAACAGCCACACACUGUUCAAAGCCUGAAAGGUAUAGAAAUCUGUGGCUGCCAAAAGGGUUUUAACAGUUAAACAUAAACAAUUUCUAUAUCAGCAUGAUGAGAAAUAACUUCUUACAUUUUCUUUUGAGUUUCUUUCUCUAGCCGCUGGAACAUAAUGGCGAUUUUAAAAAAAUAAACGUAAUUUUUUUAUUUGUUGAGUAAGAAUAAAAAUUUAUAGGACAGCUUUAAAGAUGUGGGUUAUGGUGGUUACAUUUGUAUUGCUGAUUUGUGUAACCUCUUGAGGGGUGGAGGGUGGCGGAUGAUGUCAAGACUCAGAAUGGCAAUAAAAACGAUGGAGAUGAAGAGCUGAAGCCUGAUUGUCUCAGAAACAUAAUUUCUAAAAUAAUCAAAUGAAGCUGUUGGCCAGUAAGUACCUCUUGUUUAGAAUAAUUACCGUAUGUUAUUAAACAUUUUUCUCUUCUGAAAUUUUACUUUUUUUUUCAAUUUCCAGGAAAUAUGGAUUUUUUUCCCAAGCCUAAAACAUAUUUGAGGUUUUUGUUUCACAGCUGAUUUUGAUUUGCAAUUCUAUAUGAUGUUUUUCAAUUGAUCCACAGAUUUGACCUCUUUGAAUGAGACAGAAAUCCCUCAAAUGAAGCAGUUUGGGACUUCUGUCAAAGCGAUCCUGUCCAUGCUGCCCUGUCUCUUCUUCCUGUAUGUUAACAGCAUCAUGGUGUUCGCCCUGCUGAGGAAACCUCUCUUACUGGAGACACCCCGAUACAUACUGUUUGCUCAUUUGCUCUUUACUGAGUCUAUCCAGCUCAUGCUGACAAUGUUGCUGUACAUAUUUGCUGUGACUAUGGUCCAAAUUGUUGGCUAUGUUUGCAUUGCUGUCACUCAAUUUGCUGCUAUUACUAUUAGGAUGUCUCCUCUAAACCUGGCUGUUAUGUCUUUAGAGAGAUAUGUUGCAAUCUCUUUUCCACUCAGGCACACCACCAUUUCUACGCCCAGACUGGCAGGUGUAGCCAUUGUUGUCAUAUGGACUGUGGCCUCUUUAGACACCUUCAUUCAAAUCUUUAUGUUUGUCAGUCUCAAAAGCAACAGCUUUUCCUCACAGGGAAUCUGCAAAAGAAACAGUGUCUUCCAAUUGCAUGUCUUUGUGAUUAUAGACAGAGCUUUCACUGUUGUAAAUUUUGUCCUGGUCACCACCAUUGUCCUUUACACAUAUAUAGCAGUUAUGAUCACUGCAAUGACUUCUUUGGAGCGCAGCAUCAACAAGGCACAUAAGACACUGUUGUUGCAUCUUUUUCAGUUGUGCUUGUGUCUGGUCUCCACUACGUUUGAUAUGAUAAACUCUAGUGAACUGUUAACUUUGGAUCGUGCAAUAGCGAUCGAUGUUCAGUUCGUCCUCUUUUUAAGUUUAAUAAUUUUCCCUAAAUGUUUGAGCCCCCUCAUUUAUGGACUCAGGGAUCACAACUUAAAACAUUCAUUUAAAUACCAUUUUACAUUUGGCUGCAUAUCCACUGUCACCCCAUAUUCUGGUUAACUAUCAGAGCAUUAAUUG